GUCGGGAGGGGGAGGAGGGAGGGAGGGAGGAAGAGAGGAGAGCUGAGCUGAGCUGAGCAGAGCAGAGCAGAGCAUUGAGCCAGAGGGGAGAUGAGUUUGCCUGUCCUCGGAUGAGGCUCCGGCCCGGCCUGAGGAACUGGGAGCUGGGCUUGGAGCGACACCCGUGGAAGUGGGAGGAGGUGGCUCUGGGACCUUAACCCCUUGUGAGCGCUGCGUCAGGGGAUUUAACCCCUUGUGGGUCCGGCCCCGCAGAGGCAGCGUCAUCGGGUAGUUUUAACCCCUUCGGGGCUGGGUUUAACCCAUUGGACUUCACCUCACCUAGCCCACCAGUUCCUCCACUGUGGGGGCGCUCUGCGGGGAGGCUUGAGGCCGACCCCUCCGUACAUCACGUACUGCUCCUGCUGCUGCACCCCUUGGACCUGCUGAGCCGAUCGCGCGGUGGCGCUUAACCCUUUCCUGGCUCGAGCGCCCCCAAGUUGCCAUUGGAGUUUGCUGACAGGACUGGCCAAAGGCAUCACUGCAGGAAUCACCGGAGCGGACUCUGUGGGACAUUUUUUUUCUUCAAGAAAAGAAAAACCUCAUUUUUCUUCAAGGACUUGCAGCCAAAAUUCUUCAAACUUUGAGGACUCUCGUUGCCAUGGCCGAGCCACUCGUGUCGGAAUACCAGCACCAGCCUCACACCAGCAACGGUGCGGGUGCUGAUGCCGUCCCAGAGGAGCGGAGCCCCGACCGCCCCCCGGGCGCAGAGCAGCCGGCGCCCGAGGACGACAGCAGGCGGCAGCCGAGAGCGGCCCCGCCGGGUGGCCGUCCUGGGCAGGAGGGGGACGGGGGCCUGGAACCCCAGCCGUCUCCUCUGCAGACCCAGGACUGCCCAGAGCCCAGCUGCCUGGAAGCGGACGACAAGGGCCAGAAUGGGGAGGACGUGUCCGCUGUGGGGGCCGUCCCGCCGCCCGCGGGAGGGGAGCAGCGGCCCGAGGCCGAGCCGCCCACCCAGCCGCGGCCGGACUCCGAAGCCAACAAGUUGGGGGCUCGUGCCGCCGGGGGCGAGGAGCCGUGGAAGCAGCAGCAGCAGCAGCAGCAGAGGCAGCUGGGCAAGAAAAAGCACCGGCGACGCCCUUCCAAGAAGAAGCGGAUUUGGAAGCCGUACUACAAGCUGACUUGGGAGGAGAAGAGAAAGUUCGACGAGAAACAGAGCCUUCGAGCUUCGAGGGUUCGAGCCGAGAUGUUCGCCAAGGGCCAGCCGGUGGCGCCCUACAACACCACGCAGUUCCUCAUGGACGAUCACGACCAGGAGGAGCCGGACCUCAAAACCGGCUUCUACCCCAAGCGGGCGGCGGCCAAGUCGGACACCAGCGACGAGGAGUUUAUGGAGGAGGCGGGCGAGGAGGAUGGCGGCAGCGACGGGAUGGGCGGCGACGGCAGCGAGUUCCUGCAGCGGGACUUCUCGGAGACUUACGAGCGGUACCACGCGGAGAGCCUGCAGAACAUGAGCAAGCAGGAGCUCAUCCGGGAGUACCUGGAGCUGGAGAAGUGCCUCUCGCGCAUGGAGGACGAGAACAACCGGUUGCGGCUGGAAAGUAAGCGGCUGGGGGGCGGCGACGACGCGCGCGUCCGGGAGCUGGAGCUGGAGCUGGCCCGGCUGCGCGCCGAGAACCUGCAGCUGCUGUCGGAGAACGAGCUGCGCCGGCAGCAGGAGCGGGCGCCGCUGGCCGCGUUCGGGGACUAGGGGAAACUGUGGAGGGGAGGGACAAGGGGGGCUUUUUACAGCGAUGGGAUGUGACAUUACGUACAAGUGUAUAUAAGACAGUGGACCUUUUUAUGACAUAAUCAGAAGAGAAAAUCCCCCCGGCUUUGGUUGGUUUGGUAAACUUAGCUAUGCUGUAGCUUGCGUGCUUUUCCUGUUCUUUAAUUAUGUGAAACUGAGGGAUGCGUUACUUUUCUCUAGUUUUUUUUUUUUUUUUAUGUGUAAUUUGACCAAGUUACAAUGCAUUUUCUGUUAAGAAUCCUCUUAAACUGAUCUAUAAGGUGGCCAAAUCUGAGAACCAUUAAAUCCAUUCUAGUUAUAAUAAAUUUAAUAUUUGUAAAUGUAAUAUAGUUUAAGUGUGGUUUCUAGAACUAAUUCAAAAUAGUACUGAUUAUGCGAUUGCAUUUGGGGGGGGGGAUAAAGAAUUAAAUUUGUUUGGAAAAAUAUCUCUUAAUGGAAGAAUUUUCAAUUUGCUGGUUUUCCUCUUGAGUUAUAGUGUGCUACAAUAUAUAGUUCAGGCAAAAUAUAAAGAUUUAAAUAGCUUCUAACUUAAGUGUGCUUGCUUCCUAGUACCUUGGUGUUCUUUCCCGAUGUUGGAGAAAUAAAGCAGUAUUGGGUGUUUGGGGAGUACAGAAAGUGGCUACAAUUGGAAGAUUAAAAUUUAAUCCUGCUCAUUAGCCAUUCAAAAGUCUAUUAACAAAACUAUAAAUCUAACAAGUAGGUUUUUCGUAAUCUCCAUCCCACCCGACUCCUCUCUCUUCCCCUUUGAGGCUGGGAGUUCCUAAAUACCUGGCAGAGGCCCUUAGUAAACCUACUGCCUAAUGCUAGCAAUGGCAGGAUAACCUAUGGGGCAGCUCUUUAUGUUAAGAUGUUUAGAGAAGGGGAUAUUGGAUUUACAAAGGAAAGAGCUGUUUGGAGCAUUCCAGGGACUUACCCAACUUGUCCAAUAUUUAGGUUCUCCCUAUACC